GCGUGGCCUUACCAAUUCAUUACUUGCUGCCAAGAAGCCAGAUGAGCUGUUCAAUUCCUUUUGGCCUGUCGUGAGCAUCUGAGUUCAGAAGACUUCAGCAAAAAAUCUGAGAGUAGCCCAACAGAUUCACAGCCAGUCUCAUUUCAAAAGGCGGGUAAACAAUACAUACAAAAUCAGUUGCGUGAUCUAAACAAAGUGUGCUACUUAGCACCACAUCUUUGGGACGGGCAUUGACAAUUAAUAAUUAUGUGUCCUAAGGACAAUGUAAUAGUUUGCCUUUGUUCAUUACACCAUAAGAUACCUGAAGCAGCGAAGAGUCUUUUUACAAAUGCUUUUAAAGUUCAUCAAUUAGCAACAUUUGGUAAUAGAAAGAAGGCUUCAUGGAUUUUUCCCAAAACAAGGGUACAGCCUAACGGCAAUGACUGUGGAUAUUAUGUAAUGAAGAAUAUGAUUGACAUUGUCUCUGCUAGUAUUACAAAGAAUUGGAUGGAGGUGUUCAAUGAUCCCACGGCAUUAACAGAGGAGGUGCUGUAUGAUUUGCGAGACCGCUAGGCAACUUGUUUUCUUGAACUAUAUAAUCCCGAGGUAGAUUAUGAUGAUGCCGACGAGAAAGAUUAGGAGCU